AGCUUUGAAGGAGCAGCAGCAGGUUCUGUUUACACAUCCACCCGACCACGGCCGCUUCUCCCACUGGCCGCACACAACGCUCCAGAGUCCGCCUGCCAGCUCAAACCGUGGAGCGAAGGAGAGGAGCGCCGAGUGCUGGUUUUAGCGCGAGUGUGUGAGUGUGUAAGAGUGUAAACGGCAGGGAGGAGGUGCGGAGAGCUACAGGUUUUCUACUUUGCUCCGAGGCAAAGUAGACUUGUCAUGGACUUCAGAGGAGGUGGUGAAAGAGAAGAAAAGAAGUAGAACAUUUUGUUCUUAUUUUUGUUUGGGGGGAAAAACCUCGGCCACCCCUGCACACUCCACUGCCUUUUCUGUGGAGAGCAGAGGGAGUGAGAUCCAAAAAAAAACCUUUCCAAACUUGGAUACCCUGGAGUUGCCAUGUUGAUAUGUGUUAGCAGAGGACGACGGCAACAGGGAUUUUAAACAGGCAAAGGUGGACUUUGUCGAAUCGUUCCCCACGCCUCCUUCAGACUGAGAGAGCACACUCUACAGGUAUUGCGCCUUGCUGUCGCUGUGCUAUGCUGGAGAGCCCCCCAGGGACUAACACCAGAGCCCCUGUACCCGAGGGAGUCGUUUAGGCGGACACAUUUCUGAGCUUUUUCACCCGGGGGAACUAUGGAGUUUGACCUGCGAGACCGAGAGCCUUGCCUCUCCCCCGCUGCCUUCGUUAACCAGGUGCAAUACUCCAACAUCCUGGAGGGGAGGUUCAAGCAGCUGCAAGAUGAGCGUGAGGCGGUGCAGAAGAAGACCUUCACCAAGUGGGUGAACUCCCACCUGGGCCGCGUCACCUGCCGCAUAGGAGACCUCUACACUGACCUGCGGGAUGGACGCAUGCUCAUCCGCCUCCUGGAGGUGCUGUCUGGGGAGCAGCUGCCGAAGCCCACCAAGGGCCGCAUGCGUAUCCACUGCCUGGAGAACGUGGACAAGGCCCUGCAGUUCCUCAAGGAGCAGAAGGUGCACCUGGAGAACAUGGGCUCCCACGACAUUGUGGACGGCAAUCACCGCCUCACCCUCGGCCUCAUCUGGACCAUCAUCCUCCGCUUCCAGAUCCAGGACAUCAGCGUGGAGACCGGGGACAACAAGGAGAAGAAGUCUGCCAAAGAAGCCCUGCUCCUCUGGUGCCAGAUGAAGACUGCAGGGUACCCCAACGUGAACGUCCACAACUUCACCACCAGCUGGAGAGACGGCCUGGCGUUCAACGCCAUCGUGCACAAACACAGAUCGGACCUCAUUGAGUUCGACAACCUGAAGCGGUCCAACGCCCACUACAACCUCCAGAACGCCUUCAACGUGGCGGAGAAAGAGCUAGGCGUCACCAAGCUGCUGGACCCAGAAGAUGUGAAUGUGGACCAGCCAGAUGAGAAGUCCAUCAUCACCUACGUGGCCACCUACUACCACUACUUCUCCAAGAUGAAGGCCCUGGCUGUGGAGGGCAAGAGGAUCGGCAAGGUGCUGGACUACGCCAUCGAGGCAGACCAGCUGAUCGACAAGUACGAGACCCUGGCGUCGGAGCUGCUGCAGUGGAUCGAGCAGACCAUCCUGACCCUCAACGACCGGCAGCUGGCCAACUCCCUGAGCACCGUGCAGAACCAGCUGCAGGCCUUCAACACCUACCGCACCGUGGAGAAGCCCCCCAAAUUCACAGAGAAGGGGAACCUGGAGGUGCUGCUCUUCACCAUCCAGAGCAAGAUGAGAGCCAACAACCAGAAGGUGUACAUGCCCAGAGAGGGCAAGCUCAUCACUGACAUCAACAAGGCCUGGGAGCGCCUGGAGAAGGCGGAGCACGAGCGCGAGCUGGCACUGAGGAACGAGCUGAUUCGCCAGGAGAAGCUGGAGAUGCUCGCCGCCCGCUUCGACCGCAAGGCCGCCAUGAGGGAGACCUGGCUGAGCGAGAACCAGAGACUCGUCUCCCAGGACAACUUUGGCGUGGACCUGGGGGCGGUGGAAGCGGCCACCCGCAAACACGAGGCCAUCGAGACGGACAUCGGGGCGUACGGUGAGCGCGUGGCCACCGUGGAGUCGGUGGCCCGCGAGCUGGAAGCGGAGGGAUACCACGACGUGAGGCGCGUGCUGGCGCGGAGGGAUAACGUGCUGCGGCUGUGGGAGUACCUGAAGGAGCUGCUGGCGGCGCGGCGGGAGAGGCUGCACGCCCACAGGGACCUGCAGAGGCUGCUGCAGGAGAUGCGCUACAUCAUGGACUGGAUGGGAGACAUGAAGGGCCGCCUGCAGUCGCAGGACAGCGGGAGGCACCUGCACGACGUGGAGGACCUGCUGCAGACGCACACCCUGGUGGAGGCCGACAUCUCGGCCCAGGCAGAGAGGGUCCGCGCCGUGCAGGGAGCCGCCCAGCGCUUCACCUCCGACGAGCAGGUGUACAAGCCGUGUGAGCCAGCGCUGGUGGAUGAGAAGGUGACCCUGCUGGGCCGGGCCUACGACGACCUGGGCCAGCUGGCGGGCGAGCGGCGGGGCCGCCUGGAGGACUCCCGGCGCCUGUGGCAGUUCCUGUGGGAGCUGGGCGAGGAGGCGGCCUGGAUCCGCGAGCAGGAGCAGAUUCUGGCGGCGGGCGACUGCGGCCGCGACCUCACCUCCGCCCUGCACCUGCUUAGCAAGCACGAGGCCUUCAGGGACGAGAUGGCGGCGCGCUACGGCCCGCUGAGCAACAGCAUCGCCUCCGGGGAGGCCCUGGUGGAGGAGGGGCACGUCGGGGCGGCCCAGGUCACCGAGAGGAUCCGGGACGUGCGAGCACAGUGGGCACACCUGGAGGAGACCUCCCAGCUGAGGGAGCAGAGCCUGAAGGAGGCGUCGGCCAUGCACCAGUUCCAGACGGACGCCAACGACAUGGAGGCGUGGAUCAUGGAGACGCUGAGGCAGGUGUCCAGCCAGGAGGUGGGCCACGACGAGUUCUCCACCCAGACGCUGGCCCGCAAGCAGAGGGAGGUGGAGGAGGAGGUCCAGAGCCACCGGCCCCUCAUCGACUCCCUGCACGAGCAGGCCCAGAGCCUGCCCCAGGCCUACACGCACUCCCCUCAGGUGGAGGGGCGCCUGCCCGCCAUAGAGCAGCGCUACGAGGAGCUAGCGUCGCUGUCGGCGUCGCGGCGGCAGGCCCUGGAGGGGGCGCUGGCCCUCUACCGCAUGUACAGCGAGGCGGGGGCCUGCCAGCUGUGGGUGGGGGAGAAGGAGCAGUGGCUGGACAGCAUGGAGAUCCCCACCAAGCUGGAGGACCUGGAGGUGGUGCAGCAGAGGUUUGAGACGCUGGAGCCCGAGAUGAACAACCUGGGCACUCGCAUCACGGACGUCAACCAGGUGGUGGAGCAGCUGCUGGGCUCUGACAACCGCAGCAAGGAGCAGAUUCACCAGACCCAGGACCAGCUCAACGACAGAUGGAAGGAGUUCCAGCGGCUGGCGGAGCAGAAGAAGCAGGACCUGGAGUCUGCCCUGAACAUCCAGAACUACCACCUGGAGUGCAACGAGAUCCAGACCUGGAUGAGGGAGAAGACCAAGGUGAUCGAGUCCACCCAGAGCCUGGGGCAAACCUGGCUGGGGGUCAUGGCCCUGCAGCGCAAGCUGACCGGCAUGGAGAGAGACCUGGAGGCCAUUCAGGGUAAGCUGGACGACCUGAGGCAGGAGGCAGAGAAGCUGGCCCGGGAACACCCCGAGCAGGCGGACGAGAUCCACGCCCGCCUGGGCGGCAUCCAGGAGGUGUGGGAGGAGCUCAACGCCACCAUGAAGCGGCGGGAGGAGUCCCUGGGCGAGGCCAGCAAGCUGCAGGGCUUCCUGCGCGACCUGGACGACUUCCAGUCGUGGCUGUCGCGCACGCAGACGGCCGUGGCGUCCGAGGACAUCCCCACGUCGCUGGCCGAGGCCGAGGGCCUGCUCGCCCAGCACGAGAGCAUCAAGAACGAGGUGGACAACUACAAGGAGGACUACGAGAAGAUGCGGGCGCUGGGGGAGGAGGUGACCCAGGGCCAGACGGACGCCCAGUACAUGUUCCUGGCUCAGAGGCUGCAGGCGCUGGACACGGGCUGGCACGAGCUGCGCCGCAUGUGGGAGAACCGCCACAGCCUCCUGGCCCAGGCCUUCGACUUCCAGACGUUCCUGCGCGACGUGAAGCAGGCGGAGAGCUUCCUCAACAGCCAGGAGUAUGUGCUGUCCCACACCGAGAUGCCCUCCAGCCUGCAGGGGGCAGAAGAGGCCAUCAAGAAGCACGAGGACUUCCUGACCACCAUGGAGGCCAGCGAGGAGAAGAUCACCGGCGUGGUGGAGGCUGGCCGCCGCCUCGUCGGCGACCUCAACACCAACUCUGACAAGAUCGAGGAGAAGGCCGACUCCAUCCAGGAGAGACAUCAGAAGAACAAGGAGGCAGCUAACGAGCUCCUGGCGAAACUGAAGGACAACCGUGAACUUCAGGACUUCCUCCAAGACGGACAGGAGCUCUCUCUCUGGAUCAACGAGAAGAUGCUGACCGCCCAGGACAUGUCGUACGACGAGGCGAGGAACCUCCACAGCAAGUGGCAGAAGCACCAGGCCUUCAUGGCUGAGCUGGCUUCCAACAAGGACUGGCUGGACAAAAUGGACAAGGAGAGCCAGGCCCUGGUGAAGGAGAAGCCCGAGCUGCAGCCGGUGGUGCAGCAGACGGUGGACGGCCUGCAGGCGCAGUGGGAGGAGCUGGAGAGCACCACGCGCACCAAGGCGCAGUGCCUGUUUGACGCCAACAGGGCGGAGCUGUUCACCCAGAGCUGCUCGGCCCUGGACGGCUGGCUGAAGAACCUGGAGGGCCAGCUGCAGAGCGACGACUUCGGCAAGGACCUGACCAGCGUCAACAUCCUGCUCAAGAAGCACCAGAUGCUGGAGCACCAGAUGGAGGUGCGUGAGAAGGAGGUGCAGUCCCUGCAGUCCCAGGCCCUGGCCCUGUCCCAGGAGGACGCGGGGCUGGCCGAGGUGGACGGCCAGCAGAGGCGCGUCACCGACAGCUUCGGCCAGCUGCAGGAGCCCCUCAAGCAGAGGCAGCAGAGGCUGCUGGCCUCUAAAGAGGCCCACCAGUUCAACCGAGACCUGGAGGACGAGAUCCUGUGGGUGAAGGAGAGGAUGCCAUUGGCCAACUCCACCGACCACGGCAAGGACCUCCCCAGUGUGCAGCUGCUCAUCAAGAAGAACCAGACCCUGCAGAAGGAGAUCCAGGGCCACCAGCCACGCAUUGACGACAUCCAGGCCCACCGGCGGAGCAUGUCCCCGGGGCAGGAGGAGGUGGACGGGGAGAGGCAGGAGGCCCUGGAGGGCCGCCUGGCCGAGCUCAGGGACCUGUGGGCCCAGCUCAUCGCCGAGACAGACGAGCGGCACGUGCGCCUGGUGGAGGCCAACCGCGCCCAGCAGUUCUACACGGACGCAGCCGAGGCCGAGGCCUGGAUGGGGGAGCAGGAGCUGCACAUGAUGUCAGAGGAGAAGGCCAAGGAUGAGCAGAGUGCCAUGGUGAUGGUGAAGAAGCAUCAGAUCCUGGAACAGGCCCUGGAGGACUACGCCCAGACCAUCCACCAGCUGGCCAACAGCAGCCGCCUCAUGGUCACCAGCGAGCACCCCGAGAGUGAGAGGCUGACCCUACGGCAAGCCCAGGUGGACAAGCUGUACGCGGGGCUGAAGGACCUGGCGGAGGAGCGUCGCGGCCGCCUGCAGGAGAGGCUGAGGCUGACCCAGCUGAAGAGGGAGGUGGACGACCUGGAGCAGUGGAUCGCUGAGAGGGAGGUGGUGGCCGGCUCUCACGAGCUGGGCCAGGACUACGAGCACGUCACGAUGCUGAGGGACAAGUUCCGGGAGUUUGCCCGGGACACCAGCAACAUCGGGCAGGAGCGCGUGGACGGCGUCAACGGCCAGGCGGACGACCUGAUCGAGUCGGGCCACCCGGAGAACGCCACGGUGGCCGAGUGGAAAGACGGCUUGAACGAGGCGUGGGCCGACCUGCUGGAGCUGAUCGACACGCGCACGCAGAUGCUGGCCGCCUCCUACGAGCUGCACCGCUUCCACCAGGACGGCCGCGAGGCGCUGGGCCGCGUGCGGGAGAAGCGCGAGGCGCUCCCCUCGGAACUGGGCCGCGACCUCAACACCGUCCAGCACCUGCACAGGCAGCACACGGCCUACGAGCACGACAUCCAGGCCCUCAGCGGACAGGUGAACCAGGUGCAGGAUGACGCGGCGAGGCUGCAGAAGGCCUACGCCGGGGAGAAGGCGGAGGAGAUCCACCGCAGCGAGCGCUCCGUCACCGAGGCCUGGGAGGGCCUGCUGGGGGCCGGGCAGGCUCGCCGGCUCCUCCUGCUGGACACGGUGGAGAAGUUCAGAUUCUCCAACAUGGUGCGCGACCUCAUGCUGUGGAUGGACGGGGUCAACCUGCAGAUCGACGCCCACGACAGCCCCAGGGAUGUGUCCUCAGCUGGGCUGGUCAUCGCCAACCACCAGGACAUCAAGUCUGAGAUCGAGACCCGGGCCGACAACUUCACCGCCUGCUAUGAGAUGGGCAACACUCUCAACAACAACAACCACUACGCAGCUGACGAGAUCCGGGAGAAGCUGGACCAGCUCCAGGGUCGGAGGGCUGAGACCAACAAGAAGUGGCAGGACAAGAUGGACCACCUCCAGAUAGUCCUGGAGGUGCUGCAGUUCGGCCGGGACGCCUCCGUGGCCGAGUCGUGGCUGGCGGGGCAGGAGCCCCUGGUGAGGGCGGGGGAGCUGGGCGCCAACGUGGACGAGGUGGAGAGCCUCAUCAAACGCCACGAGGCCUUUGAGAAGCUGGCCCACGGCUGGGAGGAGCGCUUCAUCCUGCUGGAGAAGCUCACCACGCUGGAGGAGCAGGAGCGUCAGAGGAGGAUAGAGGAGGAGGAGAGGGCGAGGCGGCCCCCCACACCGCCCCCCACCGAAGUGGCCCCAUCCGAGGCCGAGAGCCAAGCACAUGAAUCUGCUGCCAGGACCAGCCUGGACCAGACCACCCUGAACCAGUCAGUAUCUGUGAAUGGAGUCCACAGUGACCAGGACACGUCCCAGGGCUCUGAGACAGACUCUGUGAACGGGCCGGGUCGAGACAGCGGCCUGGCCUCCUCCAGGCUGGACCCGUCGGCCACGCUGCCCAGCAGGGGCGGGGCCGAGUCGGGCCCCGACGCCAUGGAGGGCAUGCUCUGCCGCAAGCAGGAGAUGGAGUCACACAGCAAGAAGGCAGCUACCAGAUCCUGGCAGAACGUGUACUGCGUCCUGCGGAAGGGAAGCCUGGGCUUCUACAAGGACAACAAGAGCGCCUCCAACGGGAUCCCCUACCACGGGGAGGUGCCCAUCAGCCUGGGGGAGGCCGUGUGCGAGGUGGCCAACGACUACAAGAAGAGGAAAUACGUCUUCAAGCUUCGGCUAGGAGAUGGGAAGGAGUAUCUGUUCCAAGCUAAGGACGAGGGGGAGAUGAGCUCCUGGAUCCGCUCCAUCCAGGCCAUCAUCCCACCAGUGGGCUCAGGGGACCACUCUCCCGUGGGCCCCCGGGCCCUGAGCCGAGCCAUGACCAUGCCCCCCAUCUCUCCCAGCUCGGCCGAGGCCGGGGGCGUCACCAUGCGCAACAAGGACGGCAAGGACAAGGACCGGGAGAAGAGGUUCAGCUUCUUCGGCAAGAAGAAAUAAAGACAUUUUGGUGUCGAGGGGAGAAAUAACACACCGACUUCAACCCAAACAAUAUUUGUCAAAAAAAUUCCAACAAACUGAAACGGGCAGAAAAGGAAAAAGCGGUCUUGUUGCAUCAAACGCUUUGCUGUUCGGCCUCAGCCCUAAGGAGUCUCUCAACAACUACAACAGGCAGAGCUUGCUCUCUCUUUCUAUCUCUAUUCAUUUGUCAGUUAUUUCCCUUUAGCUAUCUGGAACCGUCUCCACAUCCAGCAUCACCCCUAGUACUCCUGUGUCCAUGGCUUUCGUGAGUUUUAGGCUUUUGGGCCAACAGAGCUAUAUUGGCCGGACUCACUAGUAGAUAACGAGGGGAUUCUUGUGGAAGCAGGGAUAGUCACUCCGUCUCUGGCCAAGAGAGAGUGAGGCUCCCCUCCAGUCAGAUCCCCCACCACUCUAGAUCCGGUUUGGGUGGAGUUAGCCAGGUUAGUUGGGUUAGCCUAGUCUGGAGACAGGCAGCUUACUUCAAUGCUGUUAAAGUGGCACGGGAGAGAGCGACCAUGGCACACGGUGCUACGGCAGGUUCCAUCUUGACCUGUUUUCUCAUCUCUCUCUCUUUUCUCCUUCGGAAGGACCACAUCCAUUUUGUUUUGGUAUUGAUGUUAAUAACUUUACCAAUAUUAUUGCUGUUAUUUUAUUUAUCUUUUUUUUGCUGUUGCAGGUUUGAGAAAAGAUAUUAUUUAAAAGAGUUUGUCAGUAGAAAUCUUGAGUAACGUUAAGGAGGAGAGUUUUGGAUGAGCGUACGAGACCACGUUGGUCUCGAUUCUGUUUGUUUUGUUCUCUUUUUAUUUUUCUUGGAAGGGAAUGUUCUGAGGCGUUUUUAAAAACGGUACAUUUUAGCAGUGUGCAGAAAGUGAUCAUCAUUGGGGAAAAUGAAAAAUAGAUAUUUAAAGUGGUUUUAUUUUCAAUUUUAUCUCAACUCUUACUUGUAUUUAAUUUUGUUCUUCUUCUGAGGGAUUAAUUCUGCAUUGAUUUGGAGUUGUUUCUUUAUAAAGCAGAGGGUUAGUUUUCUAGUAAGGGUGAGUGUGAGUUGUGGUGCUGUUGGUUUUGCACGUUUUCUGUUACUCUUGAUCAGAGGCAGCAAGUUGGGUGCCACUGUUCUAUCUUUACACACACACACACACACACACUCACACCAACGGAAGUUAAUGGGAUGGCUUCGAAAAAAAAAGGAAAGAAAAUGUUUUUUUGGUUUGAACAUGUAGAUGACACUGCUAAAUUGAUUAAACGUUCCUCCUGGAUGA